CAUGAUCACUUAGGUAGAUUCCAGCAUGACCAUGCAGGCAGACCCUAUCUUGACCACUUAGAUAGACCCCAUCUUGACCACUUAGAUAGACCCCAUCAUGACCACUCAGAUAGACCACAUCAUGACCAUGCAGGUAGACCUUAUCUUGACCACUCAGACAGACCCCAUCUUGACCACUUGGAUAGACCUCAAGAUGAACACUCAGAUAAACCACGUCAUGACCAUGCAGGUAGACCUUAUCAUGACCACUCAGACAGACCCCAUCUUGACCACUUGGGUAGACCUCAAGAUGACCACUCAGAGAGACCACAUCAUGACCAUGCAGGUAGACCUUAUCAUGACCACUCAGACAGACCCCAUCUUGACCACUUGGGUAGACCUCAAGAUGACCACUCAGAUAGACCACGUCAUGACCAUGCAGGUAGACCUUAUCAUGACCACUCAGACAGACCCCAUCUUGACCACUUGGAUAGACCUCAAGAUGACCACUCAGAUAGACCCCGCCAUGACCAUGCAGGUAGACCAUAUCAUGACCACUCAGAUAGACCCCGCCAUGACCAUGCAGGUAGACCAUAUCAUGACCACUCAGAUAGACCCUGCCAUGACCAUGCAGGUAGACCAUAUCAUGACCACUCAGAUAGACCCCACCAUGACCAUGCACGUAGACCUUAUCAUGACCACUCAGACAGACCCCGUCUUGACCACUUGGAUAGACCUCAAGAUGACCACUCAGAUAGACCACGUCAUGACCAUGCAGGUAGACCAUAUCAUGACCACUCAGAUAGACCACGUCAUGACCAUGCAGGUAGACCAUAUCAUGACCACUCAGAUAGACCCCGCCAUGACCAUGCACGUAGACCUUAUCAUGACCACUCAGACAGACCCCGUCUUGACCACUUGGAUAGACCUCAAGAUGAACACUCAGAUAAACCACGUCAUGACCAUGCAGGUAGACCAUAUCAUGACCACUCAGAUAGACCCCGCCAUGACCAUGCACGUAGACCUUAUCAUGACCACUCAGACAGACCCCGUCUUGACCACUUGGAUAGACCUCAAGAUGACCACUCAGAUAGACCACGUCAUGACCAUGCAGGUAGACCAUAUCAUGACCACUCAGAUAGACCACGUCAUGACCAUGCAGGUAGACCAUAUCAUGACCACUCAGAUAGACCCCGCCAUGACCAUGCAGGUAGACCAUAUCAUGACCACUCAGAUAGACCCCGCCAUGACCAUGCACGUAGACCUUAUCAUGACCACUCAGACAGACCCCGUCUUGACCACUUGGAUAGACCUCAAGAUGACCACUCAGAUAGACCACGUCAUGACCAUGCAGGUAGACCAUAUCAUGACCACUCAGAUAGACCACGUCAUGACCAUGCAGGUAGACCAUAUCAUGACCACUCAGAUAGACCCCGCCAUGACCAUGCAGGUAGACCAUAUCAUGACCACUCAGAUAGACCCCGCCAUGACCAUGCACGUAGACCUUAUCAUGACCACUCAGACAGACCCCGUCUUGACCACUUGGAUAGACCUCAAGAUGACCACUCAGAUAGACCACGUCAUGACCAUGCAGGUAGACCAUAUCAUGACCACUCAGAUAGACCACGUCAUGACCAUGCAGGUAGACCAUAUCAUGACCACUCAGAUAGACCCCGCCAUGACCAUGCACGUAGACCUUAUCAUGACCACUCAGACAGACCCCGUCUUGACCACUUGGAUAGACCUCAAGAUGACCACUCAGAUAGACCACGUCAUGACCAUGCAGGUAGACCAUAUCAUGACCACUCAGAUAGACCCCGCCAUGACCAUGCAGGUAGACCAUAUCAUGACCACUCAGAUAGACCCCGUCAUGACCAUGCAGGUAGACCAUAUCAUGACCACUCAGAUAGACCCUGCCAUGACCAUGCACGUAGACCUUAUCAUGACCACUCAGACAGACCCCGUCUUGACCACUUGGAUAGACCUCAAGAUGACCACUCAGAUAGACCACGUCAUGACCAUGCAGGUAGACCUUAUCAUGACCACUCAGAGAGACCACGUCAUGACCAUGCAGGUAGACCAUAUCAUGACCACUCAGAUAGACCCCGUCAUGACCAUGCAGGUAGACCAUAUCAUGACCACUCAGAUAGACCCCGCCAUGACCAUGCAGGUAGACCUUAUCAUGACCACUCAGACAGACCCCGUCUUGACCACUUGGAUAGACCUCAAGAUGAACACUCAGAUAAACCACGUCAUGACCAUGCAGGUAGACCAUAUCAUGACCACUCAGAUAGACCCCGCCAUGACCAUGCAGGUAGACCAUAUCAUGACCACUCAGAUAGACCCCGCCAUGACCAUGCACGUAGACCUUAUCAUGACCACUCAGACAGACCCCGUCUUGACCACUUGGAUAGACCUCAAGAUGACCACUCAGAUAGACCACGUCUUGACCAUGCAGGUAGACCAUAUCAUGACCACUCAGAUAGACCACGUCAUGACCAUGCAGGUAGACCAUAUCAUGACCACUCAGAUAGACCCCGCCAUGACCAUGCACGUAGACCUUAUCAUGACCACUCAGACAGACCCCGUCUUGACCACUUGGAUAGACCUCAAGAUGACCACUCAGAUAGACCACGUCAUGACCAUGCAGGUAGACCAUAUCAUGACCACUCAGAUAGACCCCGCCAUGACCAUGCAGGUAGACCAUAUCAUGACCACUCAGAUAGACCCCGCCAUGACCAUGCACGUAGACCUUAUCAUGACCACUCAGACAGACCCCGUCUUGACCACUUGGAUAGACCUCAAGAUGACCACUCAGAUAGACCACGUCAUGACCAUGCAGGUAGACCUUAUCAUGACCACUCAGAGAGACCACGUCAUGACCAUGCAGGUAGACCAUAUCAUGACCACUCAGAUAGACCCCGCCAUGACCAUGCAGGUAGACCAUAUCAUGACCACUCAGAUAGACCCCGCCAUGACCAUGCACGUAGACCUUAUCAUGACCACUCAGACAGACCCCGUCUUGACCACUUGGAUAGACCUCAAGAUGAACACUCAGAUAGACCACGUCAUGACCAUGCAGGUAGACCAUAUCAUGACCACUCAGAUAGACCCCGCCAUGACCAUGCACGUAGAUCUUAUCAUGACCACUCAGACAGACCCCGUCUUGACCACUUGGAUAGACCUCAAGAUGACCACUCAGAUAGACCACGUCAUGACCAUGCAGGUAGACCAUAUCAUGACCACUCAGAUAGACCCUGCCAUGACCAUGCACGUAGACCUUAUCAUGACCACUCAGACGGACCCCGUCUUGACCACUUGGAUAGACUUCAAGAUGACCACUCAGAUAGACCACGUCAUGAACAUGCAGGUAGACCAUAUCAUGACCACUCAGAUAGACCCCGCCAUGACCAUGCAGGUAGACCAUAUCUUGACCACUCAGAUAGACCCCAUCUUGACCACUUGGAUAGACCUCAAGAUGACCACUCAGGUAGACCCUGUCAUGACUAUGCAGGUAGACCAUAUCAUGACCACUCAGAUAGAUACCAUCUUGACCACUUCGAUAGACCUUAUCAUGACCACUCAGAUAGACCCCAUCUAGAUUACUUGGAUAGACCUCAAGAUGACCACUCAGAUAGACCCCGUCAUGACUCUGCUGGUAGACCAUAUAAUGACCACUCCGAUAGACCAUGUCAUGAUUACUCAGAUAGAUCUUAUCA